AUGUGAACCGUUAAUUCCUCGACUUUAUACUAACUUAUCACACUAAAAUCUUUAACUGACAACACUAUCAAUGUAAUUAUUCGACGAAAACAUGAAAUAGCAUGCGUUUUGAGUGUUUGCGCGUGAAAAAAAGUACGAAAAUGCCUAAAAAACAUGCUUCUAAUGUCGAAAAUCUUGUUUGUGUUCGGAUGUGUGCAGCCCGUGUGGUGUUUGUGGAGUUUUUGGAAGCUAGAUGAUGUGUGGAAACGGAAAAGCGUAUUGCAAGAUGUGGAGCUGGGUGGAUAUUUUAAGGACGUUACAGGUAGAGUUUUUGUCACGAUGUUCGGCUAUCCAUCCAGAUGUCAAAGGAAGGGGUUUUCCCACGCUUGUACACUCUCAGUGGCUUGCUGGUGGGUAGGGGGGUCCAGCCAAUCUGGAUGCGGUGCCAGUCCUUGGAUAGUAGCCUGCUGUGUCAAACAUAUCAAGAAAAAGGAUGAGGAGGAGUUGUACGAUAUGGAUUAUUCUGAAAAUGAAAUCCAGAUUAAAGACAAAUCAGUUAUGGCACCUAUGGAAAGAAGAAACGGGUUGUUCGAUAUAGAAGAUGAUAAUUGUGGCAUAUCGAAUGACAGGAUAAUGCAGAAGAGAAUCGUUGGUGGAAAAGAAGCCAGAUUUGGUCAAUUUCCAUGGCAAGCUUACAUUAAAGUAUCCAAUUACCAAUGUGGAGGUGUUAUAGUUUCCAGAAAAUACGUAGCUACAGCUGCCCAUUGUAUUUUCACAGCCAAACUGUCCGAUAUCUUGGUGUAUUUAGGCGAGUUGGAUACGGAGGAUAGUAGAAAAAUCGAAGAACCCCAACCAGCUGAACUACACAGGGUGAAGAAAUUACUGAUUCAUCCCAAGUUUGAAUACAAAGCAACCCAACCUGACAGAUUCGAUUUGGCGCUAUUGGAACUAGUGACAGAAGCAGGCUUCAACUUCCACAUUUCCUCCAUUUGUUUGCCGGAUAAGAACAUCAAACUGACAGCUAGAGAUGCGGUAGUAGCCGGGUGGGGCAAAGUCAACCCGUGGGAUAAGGUGAUGGGCACAAAUAUACUCAGAAGUGUUGCAGUUCCUAUUUUAGAUAUAAGAGAAUGCAGAGCCUGGCAUAAGAUAAAACAAAUAGACGUUGAUCUGCAUUCAGAAAUGAUAUGUGGAGGUCACAAGGAAGGCAAACGCGAUGCCUGUCUUGGCGAUUCUGGAGGACCAUUGAUUGUUUUAGAAAAAGGUCGUUGGACUUUGGUAGGAAUAACCAGCGCUGGAUUUGGUUGCGGUGAAGCACAACAACCUGGAAUUUACCACAAGAUCCCUACGACUGUGGACUGGAUAAAAACCAUCAUUCAUAACCAAUUGUGAUAAAUAAUACUCAUUAUAUUUAGUUUCUAUAAUAUUGUAAUUAUAUUUAUUAUUGUAACGCAAUCUUACAAAACUCA